CACUUCUCUCACACCCCAAGCAGUUUAGUAGUCUCAAAACAACAUCUAUCCUAUAUUCACCCUAGCACUCCAACUCUCAAAACCCUAAAAAUGAGGAUCAUGCAAGAAUCUCAAUCUCUCAUUAUUCCCAUCACCAUUCUACUACUACUAGCACUAUUCUACACCACUUCAGCCCAACUCUCGCCAAUCCAACCCCCCACAACAUCACCAUCCCCACCAUCACCACCACUACCCCAAGCCUCGCCGCCGUCUCCGGCAGUCCCCACGCCGCCGGCAACAGCUCCGGCGCCGGGAUUCAACACUGUCCCUCUUGUCCCAGUAACCCCAAGUGGGGCCCCCACACCCGCCAGCACCAUUCCGAAAGGCCCCACCAUUGACAUAGUCCAAAUCCUGAGAAAAGCGAAAAGGUUCUCCGUGCUCACUCGCCUCUUGAAAACCACGCAACUCAUCAACCAACUAAACUCACAGCUCGUAACUUCAGGGUCAGGAGGGUUAACCCUCUUCGCACCAGAAGACAGUGCCUUCUCCAAACUCAAAGCAGGGUUCCUCAACUCUCUCACUGACAGACAGAAGGUGGAGCUCUUGCAGUUCCAUACUCUCUCCUCCUACCUUUCCAUCUCCAACUUCGAUACCCUCACCAACCCCGUUCAAACGCAAGCCGGUGACGACCCUCAGAGGCUCCAACUUAACGUCACCACUUACGGCGGCAGCCAGGUCAGCAUGCCCACCGGCGCCGUUAACGCCUCCGUCACCGGCACCGUUUACUCCGACAACAAGCUGGCCAUAUACCAGGUGGACAAGGUGCUUCUUCCCCUCGACCUCGUGCUCCCCAGCAAGGCGCCGGCGCCGGCGCCGUCGUUGGCCAAGAAGGGGUUGCCGAAGUCUGACAAAGGGAAUGGCACGGCGGCGGAUGAUAGCGCCGGCGGCGGGGAUGAUGGAAGCGACGGGAAGGCUUUGCCGGCGGAUGUUUCUGCAGGGUGUUCGAUGAAGUGGGUGAAUAAUGUUGUUGUUGUUGGAGUAGUGGGUUUGAUGGGUGGAGUUAUGAUGUGAGGUUCGUGUGGAGGGGUAGCGGGAUCCAAGAUUUUUGUUGUGCUUUUGUGAGUGAUUUAUAUGUUCGUGCUUGGAGUUCUGGUUUGUGUGGAUGGAUAGUGUAGGGUCAAAAAUGUAUCGUGCAUGGUGCAUGCAUGCCAUGCUCGCUUUUUCUUUUACCAUCUUCUUCUUUUGUGUUAAUUGGUUUCUGUCUCUGUAACCGCAUUUAUAAAACAUUCUUUGUUGCUUUAA